AUUUUUUCCCAAACUCCCGCCAAUCAAAGCCAUUACAUUGCCGGGCACACUACUCGAAUUUCUCUAUAAACCCUAGCAGCUCCAUUUACCCCCAAUUUCUACGCCCCAAACUCAUUUACUAAAUUCCUCUUACAUUCUCACCUAAAACCCUGAGCUUACAUCGGUAGAAAUGUUGGAGCUGAGGCUCGUGCAGGGUAGCCUGCUGAAAAAGGUUCUGGAAGCCAUCAAGGAUCUAGUGAACGAUGCCAAUUUCGACUGCUCGGCGACCGGAUUCUCUCUUCAGGCCAUGGAUUCCAGCCACGUCGCGCUGGUGGCGCUGCUGCUCAGAUCUGAGGGCUUCGAGCACUACAGGUGCGACCGCAACCUCUCCAUGGGCAUGAACCUCGGCAACAUGGCCAAGAUGCUCAAGUGUGCCGGAAAUGAUGACAUCAUCACCAUCAAGGCAGAUGACGGCAGUGACACGGUCACCUUCAUGUUCGAGAGCCCAACUCAAGAUAAGAUUGCAGAUUUUGAGAUGAAGCUCAUGGAUAUUGACAGUGAGCAUCUUGGAAUUCCUGAAGCUGAGUAUCAUGCUAUAGUUAGGAUGCCAUCUGCUGAAUUUGCUAGAAUCUGUAAAGAUCUGAGCAGUAUUGGUGACACGGUUGUGAUCUCUGUCACUAAGGAAGGUGUAAAAUUCUCAACAAGAGGUGAUAUUGGGACAGCAAAUGUCGUUUGCAGGCAAAAUACCACAGUGGACAAGCCUGAGGAUGCCACGGUUAUAGAGAUGAACGAGCCAGUUUCUCUGACAUUUGCUUUAAGGUACUUGAACUCGUUCACAAAGGCAACUCCCUUAUCGAACACGGUUACUAUUAGCUUGUCCACAGAGCUGCCAGUUGUGGUUGAGUACAAGAUUGCAGAAAUGGGCUAUAUAAGGUUUUACUUAGCACCCAAGAUUGAGGAGGAUGAAGAAGAAACCAAGGGAUAACUUGCUUGGGGUUUCUAUUUGCUAGCUUCAGAUUCAGCCUAAAAGUAAAAACUUUGGUCAUGUUCUAAAAGUGGGAUGCUGAGUAUUAGUUUGUUUCAUUUGACUUCUUAAAACAGGGUGUGCAUAUCAUCACAUUGUAUGAUUAUCAGUACCUUUGAUUUAUUUUAGUUUCAUCUAGUAAUUCCUUUGAAACUUGUGACUUUUUCCUCUGAGUGUGAUCUAAGAAAUUGCAGCGUGAACUUCAAAGGUGAGCUACUGAGCUUAGAUUCAAUACUUCUAGAUGUAUGCACCCAUCAACUAAUAAAAUUAAGCAACAUCUUGAAAUGUAUGAA